GUAGCAUCAUGUGAACAAGUUGAUGUAGGGGUGAGCUGGUACAUUCUUGACAAUCAGUUAAAUGCUUCCUCUGAACUGAAUGCCAGCACACCAGCAAAGAACGGCCGACUGAACUUUGUAGCGGGAUCAUCAUGGUGUGCAUCCACAAGUGACAGCAGUCCAUAUCUACAGAUUGACUUACGGAUUCCUUAUAUCAUCUGUGCUGUAUCCACUCAGGGGGAUUCCCAGGGGAGUCAGUGGGUGGAGUCUUACACCCUACAGUCAUCUACAGACGGGACAACUUGGACAGAUUAUAAAGAAAAUGGACAAGUUAAGGUACUUAGGUUUAAGGGUGCAUAUAUUAAUGGCCUGGCCCAUCACUUUAACAGGGAAAAACGCUUUUUUCUUUUGCAAAAAAAGACGACCUCUUCCUACCACCCUUCUUAGGAUAAGACUGGUCUGACUGCAAGCACAGUUCUGAUUGAUAGAGAGCUAAACCCAUUUUCUGCUGCAUGAAGCACCUAGGAGUAUAAAUUGCUUCUCCCCUUUGAAUGGAAUGCUAGUUUGUUCAAAGGUUACCUUCAGAAAUUUGUUGCACUUAUAUACUGAGGUGGAAGAAUGACAAGCAUAUUAAGGAGCAAAGUUUGUUACCCAAACGGGUAAUGCCAUGCCGGGUAAAGCUAAUUGAAUCCAGAAGGGGGAAGUGGGGAGUGAGAGGUUGACACCCCAUUGGGUUCACAGAAAACUCACUAAGGGCAGGGACCAGGAAUUUCCUAUCAGUAUGACCCCUGGCUACUUUCAUGGGAAAAAAAACGAAAGCACACUAAACCAACAGAAUUUCCUAGCUUAAGAUAAGAUAAGAUAAGAUAAGAACUUUAUUUUAGCACGAUAAAAAGAUCAGCAUUGCUGGUGGGGUCGUGCAUACUAACAAUUACAAGAAAAAUAAGAAGUACUAAAAGCAAACGGUACGAUUAAAAAUUAAAAACUGUUAAAAAUGUUUAAAAUAGGUCGUGAAAAUGUACAAUUAAAAAUUAAAACUGUUAAAAGUAUUCGUAACCGAUAUCUCUAUUUUCAGUAGUAGCUAAGAUUGGUUCGAAAUGUAUUUUAUCGGUGUCAAAUUUUACAAGACAGCCUUUAAAUUCUUUCAAGGUUUUGGCCCUUGUGUCCUUGUUCGUUAAAGUGUUCCAUGCAAUUGCUCCUCUAAAGUGUAUAGAGUUCCUGAUAAAAUUUGUUUCCGGUCUUGGAAUAAUGAUGUUCUCAUUUCUUCUGCUGCCUGAAUUCCUCUGUAAAAACAAAUCUUUAAAUUCCGUGACGGUGUAACCUUUUAAACACUUGAAGACAAACUCCGUUAGUCGCAGUUUGUACAUUGUUUCCAGACUGUCCCAUCCAGUUCGCAUUAAGACUUCUUCAGCGCUGGUGUCCCAUGGCAGCCCAUAUACAAUCCGUCCAGCUCUUGCAUGGAGUUUCUCCAGGUUGUUUAGGUGCGUCUACACUGUCAGACCGUAUGUAACUGAUGGCAGUAUCACUUUUGCGUAGAAAUCUUUUAAUUGGUUCUGAGAGAGGAAUUGCAUGCGUCAGAGUAGACUUAACUUGGAUGCGAAGGACUUCGCUACAUUUGCAGCAUGAUCUGACCAGGACAACUUGUCAUCAACCUGUACUCCGAGGAGUCUUUCUGAGGUUGUCCACUUUAUGAUGUUGUUGACAGGCGAAGAGCUUGGAUAGGGCCAGUAAAUGUUGAUUUGCGCUGCAUGAUCAUUGCUUUACAUUUUUCUGAGUGUGGUACCAUCGAAUUUCUGUCGCACCAUUCCUGGAGUUCAGCUAGAACAUUGUUUAGUGAGUUUGUUAGCAAAUCCAACGUUUCUGCGAUACAGUAUAUUGUUGUGUCGUCUGCAUACAGAUAAGUUUCCGCAGAGCGUAGUGAUUUUGGGAGGUCGUUUGUGAAGAGGGAGAAUAACGUGGGUCCGAGGAUCGACCCUUGCGGCACUCCGAGAGCUAUAAUGUGUGUAUCGGAGUCGGAUCCGUUGAUUCGAAUUGUCUUCGUUCUGUAAGGUAGCUAAGUUCUUUAACCACAGCCAGAUAUCUCCUCUGAUUCCAAGGUCGUUCAGCUUUUGUAGCAAUAUAUUGUGCGGCACUGUGUAGAAAGCUUUAGUGAAAUCCACAAGCAGUAUUGAUUCCCACAAAAAGCUUUCUUUCUACUGCUUCUCUCCACCUCUCAGUAGAUGUUCUGUUGACUUUCCCUUCCUAUAAGCCCAUUGUCUGUUAUCAAGUAAAUUUUGCGUAACCACGUGAUUAGGGAUAUUACUUGCGACGCAGGAUUCCAUUAAUUUACUUGGUAUACUAAGCAUAGACAGUGGUCUGUAACAUGUUCUGUCUUCCUCUCGUCCUUUUUUGAACGCUGCACAUACUCUAGCUAUUUUCCACUGGUCUGGUGGCUUGCAGGCUUCAACACUCUGUUUAAACACGCUCGUGAGAAAUGGGGCAAUAGACAUACCUGCAUACUUUAAAAGACGCGCAGAUAAGCCAUCUGGCCCCGUGGCUUUUUUCACUUUUAACUUACAGAUCUUUUCCUCGAUUUCCUUCUGACUCAUCGUGAUGCUGGUCAUAAUCGGCAUAUCCACAUUCUUACGGCUAUGAGCGUGUAAUGGCUGAAUUUCAUCCGCGGGGCCAAUCAAUUUUUCAGCAAUUUUGCAGAAAUAAUCGUUUUUCAGUGUCAUCUGUUGUAAGGGUUCCAUCGUCCUUCUUAAAUUGGUGGGCUUUUCAAAUCUUUACCUAUAAUUUGCAUAUAAUUAUCUUGCAACUUAGUGACAGCCCUGGGUUUAAUAAACUGAACACUAUCUUUAUUGAAGAAUUACCUCCUAAAUGAUAAGCUUUUUUGUUUUUUUUUUGUUCUUGAUUUGUUUCCCAGACAUUCAAUGGAAACUUCGAUCAGAACACAGUAGAAAAACAGAUCUUGUUCAGUGCAUUUGUUGCCAGAUACUUGCGUUUUGUUGCUGGGUCCAAACAUGGUGGAGCAUGUUUACGAGUAGAAGUUUCUGGCAUACCUAGAAGCAGAGGUUUGAUAUAUUGCAGAAAUUGCUCAGUUUUGAAGGGAUAUAGUUUUUUACCCAGUUGUGGAACCUUCCUUCACAUCAUUGAUAUAUGAUUUUUUUUCUUUUUGUGACCACAUCAGCUCUUGAACCAUUAUCUUGUUCUUUCUUUUUAAAAAUCUUUUUUAAAAAAAGUCUUUGCAAGUAAUUCACUGUAUAUGCCUUUCUCCUUGCAACCAAACACAUUUUGCAGGAAAAUGAGCUAUCUGCAAUUUUGCCCCAAAGAUUCUAUAUUGAAUCAUAUGCAGAUUUAAUGUCUCUGGAAUCUUGUCAAUGAAUAGGGAUUGGUCAAAGUAGUCAUUCUAUUCUUUUAGUCAUUGUUUACGAAUAACAGACAAAAGACAAAAGGUUACAGAGAUGUACAGUAAAUGCCAUGAAUCCGCUAAAAAAGUGAUUAUUCGUGGAAUAUAAUCUUCUUUACAAGAAGAAUUUGAGUUUUGCUGCUGCUCCUUCGCAGAAGAACUCAAAACUUUUCGAUUAUAGACGAGGAGAGACUUUAACUCAAACAAUUAUCUAGAACCCGAUGACUACAAGAUUAAUUUUGUAAACAUUGAUUCAUGUCAUCAAUAUGGAAUUUUGGGGGCCAUUUUGCGGAUGUCUCUCCUGUGGAAGGUCUCUAGUGGUGAGGAAUAAAGAGAGAUCUGAUGGCUAGUGUAUUUCCAGGCUAGUUUGUGACCAACCUGUCAAAAUUAAAAGGUUGAGAUUUUGAACAGCUACCGAUCAAAUACUUACCAAGACCAUUUUUUGUACUACACUGCAGACACACUACAUGUACAGGUAUACAUGUACUUUGAACAUUAAUAAGUUGAUUCAGAAAGGCCUUCAAUACUUGAUUUUCCUCUGUUUAAGGCUGUGCUCUAAGGAAAAUUCUAAGGAGCCCAAUGCUCUGUAGCUGUGAAAUCCAGGGUACCCAGCAUAUGAUUUCCAUAUAAAAGCUGAGAUUUUCUAGUCGCCCAAGAACAGAAGUAUAAGAACCCAUUGGUCUCCAAGAGCUGGGGCCUAGAGCAGAGCCAACCCCGCUGCGUUCAUCUUUAAUUUUUAUUAUUCGUUUUGUUUUUAGUUCCGAGCAAUAUUGCUCUUUCCAAGCCAACAAAACAGUCAAGUACAUACAGUGAUUCGAUAUCCUACCCUGCCAGUAAUGCAGUGGAUGGAGAUAGGGGUACUCACAUCAGCAAAUGUACACACACUCACCGAGACAACACUGCUUGGUGGCGAGUAGACCUGGGGCGAGUAGAGCCUGUAGCUGAAGUGAAUAUAGUCAACAGAAACUCACACGGAAACAGAUUGAAUGGAGCUGAGAUAAGAGUUGGUAGGUAGUCAUUGUGGGAGAUGCUGUAAUCAGUUGCUUUACCUAGUUGUUCAAAUUUGUUCCUUGUUCAUUUUGAAAUAUUUCAAUUACAGUGUAAUACGAGAUUACUUUUCCAUUGGCAUUUAAGUUAAGAUUUUUCAGUAGAAGAUUAUGUCAACGUGAUUUCUCUGUUUUGUAAAAGUGUACAUGUAUUUAGUAUCAAUAUCAUUUUCUUCCUUACAUUCAUGGAAAGUCAAAUUUCCACAGAUUCUAUUUGAGUGAGUCAGUAUAUAGAGUGUUUUCACAUGACGUCACGGCGGCCAUAGUGGUGUCCCAAAACAAUGAAACGGCGGCCAUGUUUGUGUCCCAAACUGAUCCUGCGGGAGUUGAACUCUCUUCUUAUGUAAACGCUUUCUUUUGUUCCAAUAAAUUUGCAUAUGUGCUGGCCACGUGAGUGAAAACACUCUAUAUAUCAAUGUAAAGGUUUUGCAAGUGAGAUUGCAGCACUCCCCUGAUCUAAUGAAGUCAAUGCCAAGAUCGGUUCUUUGUUACCUUUUCAACUAUUGUGUUUGAAUACUGCAGUUAAUGUUACCUCAUAUUUUCUUUUAUUCACUUUGCAAGGAAAUGAUACAACAAAUGGAGGAGCAAACAACCAUCUUUGUGCAAAUAUCAGAAACGUCCCACAAGGAGGUUCCAAGACAUUUUCCUGUAGUCCCAAAGCAUAUGGCAGAUAUUUGUACAUCAGAUUACCUAACAUGUGGUUGAUACUCUGCGAGGUUGAAGUUUAUUCCUAUCUUAAAACAGAAAGUAAGAGCGCUUUUCUUUCCUCCUGUUUAUUUUGUAGGUAUAUGCAUGAUGCUUUUUUGCCUUUUACUAAACAAGUAAUCUGUUUUAAAAAUCGUUUUGUAUUGUUUAUAUAUAAAAAGUAUCUGUAUUUUUUUUAAUCAAUCUGUUCAUUUUUCUUUUGUGGUGUUUGCCUGAUUUUAUACAGUUAUGUGAUAAAUCCUUCUUACCAUGGAAAUUCAGUUGAUAACAACAGUUUCAACGGUGUAAACUCCCCCAAAAAUUAAGUUUACUAAGAUGCAUUGUAUUUAUUUAUUUACGUCAUUCUUAAUAUUGUCCAUGAUAAUCAGAAAACCCUGAGAAAUAUUAAAAGGGGCAUCUUUCGUGUAUACUGUAUUGUAUCUGAGGCGGUAUUCAGUGUGACUGAAUAUCAUUUGAUUAAGUAUGAGGAAAUUUGCGCCCCUCUUGCAGCUAGUUUCUUGGUGAGUUGCGGACGUGUGCCAGCAAUCACCAAAUGACAUAAUACAGAAGACUGAAAAGACACUGACAAUACCCAAACCACAACAAGAGGAUAGCUAACCUACAGUAUAUAUUUUGCAACACCAAGAAAAACUGUUUUUUCCGCCGCUGAUCAGGAGCGACGUCCUUGUCGCUCAGUGGUUGCGCGCUUUUUUAGUUUCGACUCAACAUGGUUUUACUUUAAGUUCAGCUGAUUGGUUCAUUAGCUGGAUUUGUCGGCGUCGUGAUUGGAGGAAGUAUUAGCUUUGGUUUAAAUUCAUACGACACUCAUUCGACAACAGCGGAUAGGGUAAACUGAACAACCUUGCGUCGCUGUAUAUGAAAAACCAGCGGUCAAUCUGAAGCGAGUAUUUAUUGAGCUUGUAAAGUCUCUAAUGAUCCUCUUGAGAUUUCUAACAUCUUCCAUGACUAGUCUGGUGGCUUGCAGGCUUCAACACUCUGUUUAAACACGCUCGUGAGAAAUGGGGCAAUAGACAUACCUGCAUACUUUAAAAGACGCGCAGAUAAGCCAUCUGGCCCCGUGGCUUUCUUCACUUUUAACUUACAGAUCUUUUCCUCGAUUUCCUUCUGACUCAUCGUGAUGCUGGUCAUAAUCGGCAUAUCCACAUUCUUACGGCUAUGAGCGUGUAAUGGCUGAAUUUCAUCCGCGGGGCCAAUCAAUUUUUCAGCAAUUUUGCAGAAAUAAUCGUUUUUCAGUGUCAUCUGUUGUAAGGGUUCCAUCGUCCUUCUUAAAUUGGUGGGCUUUUCAAAUCUUUACCUAUAAUUUGCAUAUAAUUAUCUUGCAACUUAGUGACAGCCCUGGGUUUAAUAAACUGAACACUAUCUUUAUUGAAGAAUUACCUCCUAAAUGAUAAGCUUUUUUGUUUUUUUUUUGUUCUUGAUUUGUUUCCCAGACAUUCAAUGGAAACUUCGAUCAGAACACAGUAGAAAAACAGAUCUUGUUCAGUGCAUUUGUUGCCAGAUACUUGCGUUUUGUUGCUGGGUCCAAACAUGGUGGAGCAUGUUUACGAGUAGAAGUUUCUGGCAUACCUAGAAGCAGAGGUUUGAUAUAUUGCAGAAAUUGCUCAGUUUUGAAGGGAUAUAGUUUUUUACCCAGUUGUGGAACCUUCCUUCACAUCAUUGAUAUAUGAUUUUUUUUCUUUUUGUGACCACAUCAGCUCUUGAACCAUUAUCUUGUUCUUUCUUUUUAAAAAUCUUUUUUAAAAAAAGUCUUUGCAAGUAAUUCACUGUAUAUGCCUUUCUCCUUGCAACCAAACACAUUUUGCAGGAAAAUGAGCUAUCUGCAAUUUUGCCCCAAAGAUUCUAUAUUGAAUCAUAUGCAGAUUUAAUGUCUCUGGAAUCUUGUCAAUGAAUAGGGAUUGGUCAAAGUAGUCAUUCUAUUCUUUUAGUCAUUGUUUACGAAUAACAGACAAAAGACAAAAGGUUACAGAGAUGUACAGUAAAUGCCAUGAAUCCGCUAAAAAAGUGAUUAUUCGUGGAAUAUAAUCUUCUUUACAAGAAGAAUUUGAGUUUUGCUGCUGCUCCUUCGCAGAAGAACUCAAAACUUUUCGAUUAUAGACGAGGAGAGACUUUAACUCAAACAAUUAUCUAGAACCCGAUGACUACAAGAUUAAUUUUGUAAACAUUGAUUCAUGUCAUCAAUAUGGAAUUUUGGGGGCCAUUUUGCGGAUGUCUCUCCUGUGGAAGGUCUCUAGUGGUGAGGAAUAAAGAGAGAUCUGAUGGCUAGUGUAUUUCCAGGCUAGUUUGUGACCAACCUGUCAAAAUUAAAAGGUUGAGAUUUUGAACAGCUACCGAUCAAAUACUUACCAAGACCAUUUUUUGUACUACACUGCAGACACACUACAUGUACAGGUAUACAUGUACUUUGAACAUUAAUAAGUUGAUUCAGAAAGGCCUUCAAUACUUGAUUUUCCUCUGUUUAAGGCUGUGCUCUAAGGAAAAUUCUAAGGAGCCCAAUGCUCUGUAGCUGUGAAAUCCAGGGUACCCAGCAUAUGAUUUCCAUAUAAAAGCUGAGAUUUUCUAGUCGCCCAAGAACAGAAGUAUAAGAACCCAUUGGUCUCCAAGAGCUGGGGCCUAGAGCAGAGCCAACCCCGCUGCGUUCAUCUUUAAUUUUUAUUAUUCGUUUGGUUUUUAGUUCCGAGCAAUAUUGCUCUUUCCAAGCCAACAAAACAGUCAAGUACAUACAGUGAUUCGAUAUCCUACCCUGCCAGUAAUGCAGUGGAUGGAGAUAGGGGUACUCACAUCAGCAAAUGUACACACACUCACCGAGACAACACUGCUUGGUGGCGAGUAGACCUGGGGCGAGUAGAGCCUGUAGCUGAAGUGAAUAUAGUCAACAGAAACUCACACGGAAACAGAUUGAAUGGAGCUGAGAUAAGAGUUGGUAGGUAGUCAUUGUGGGAGAUGCUGUAAUCAGUUGCUUUACCUAGUUGUUCAAAUUUGUUCCUUGUUCAUUUUGAAAUAUUUCAAUUACAGUGUAAUACGAGAUUACUUUUCCAUUGGCAUUUAAGUUAAGAUUUUUCAGUAGAAGAUUAUGUCAACGUGAUUUCUCUGUUUUGUAAAAGUGUACAUGUAUUUAGUAUCAAUAUCAUUUUCUUCCUUACAUUCAUGGAAAGUCAAAUUUCCACAGAUUCUAUUUGAGUGAGUCAGUAUAUAGAGUGUUUUCACAUGACGUCACGGCGGCCAUAGUGGUGUCCCAAAACAAUGAAACGGCGGCCAUGUUUGUGUCCCAAACUGAUCCUGCGGGAGUUGAACUCUCUUCUUAUGUAAACGCUUUCUUUUGUUCCAAUAAAUUUGCAUAUGUGCUGGCCACGUGAGUGAAAACACUCUAUAUAUCAAUGUAAAGGUUUUGCAAGUGAGAUUGCAGCACUCCCCUGAUCUAAUGAAGUCAAUGCCAAGAUCGGUUCUUUGUUACCUUUUCAACUAUUGUGUUUGAAUACUGCAGUUAAUGUUACCUCAUAUUUUCUUUUAUUCACUUUGCAAGGAAAUGAUACAACAAAUGGAGGAGCAAACAACCAUCUUUGUGCAAAUAUCAGAAACGUCCCACAAGGAGGUUCCAAGACAUUUUCCUGUAGUCCCAAAGCAUAUGGCAGAUAUUUGUACAUCAGAUUACCUAACAUGUGGUUGAUACUCUGCGAGGUUGAAGUUUAUUCCUAUCUUAAAACAGAAAGUAAGAGCGCUUUUCUUUCCUCCUGUUUAUUUUGUAGGUAUAUGCAUGAUGCUUUUUUGCCUUUUACUAAACAAGUAAUCUGUUUUAAAAAUCGUUUUGUAUUGUUUAUAUAUAAAAAGUAUCUGUAUUUUUUUUAAUCAAUCUGUUCAUUUUUCUUUUGUGGUGUUUGCCUGAUUUUAUACAGUUAUGUGAUAAAUCCUUCUUACCAUGGAAAUUCAGUUGAUAACAACAGUUUCAACGGUGUAAACUCCCCCAAAAAUUAAGUUUACUAAGAUGCAUUGUAUUUAUUUAUUUACGUCAUUCUUAAUAUUGUCCAUGAUAAUCAGAAAACCCUGAGAAAUAUUAAAAGGGGCAUCUUUCGUGUAUACUGUAUUGUAUCUGAGGCGGUAUUCAGUGUGACUGAAUAUCAUUUGAUUAAGUAUGAGGAAAUUUGCGCCCCUCUUGCAGCUAGUUUCUUGGUGAGUUGCGGACGUGUGCCAGCAAUCACCAAAUGACAUAAUACAGAAGACUGAAAAGACACUGACAAUACCCAAACCACAACAAGAGGAUAGCUAACCUACAGUAUAUAUUUUGCAACACCAAGAAAAACUGUUUUUUCCGCCGCUGAUCAGGAGCGACGUCCUUGUCGCUCAGUGGUUGCGCGCUUUUUUAGUUUCGACUCAACAUGGUUUUACUUUAAGUUCAGCUGAUUGGUUCAUUAGCUGGAUUUGUCGGCGUCGUGAUUGGAGGAAGUAUUAGCUUUGGUUUAAAUUCAUACGACACUCAUUCGACAACAGCGGAUAGGGUAAACUGAACAACCUUGCGUCGCUGUAUAUGAAAAACCAGCGGUCAAUCUGAAGCGAGUAUUUAUUGAGCUUGUAAAGUCUCUAAUGAUCCUCUUGAGAUUUCUAACAUCUUCCAUGACUUCUUUUCUUGGGUCGGUGAAAACCUAGUGUCACGCGCACCACGUUCAUCUCGCAAAUUUACCGAAUACUGGUCUCCUUAUUAUAAUCAAAGCUCUUUCUUUUUUGAUCCAGUUUCUCCAGCGGAGACUGAGCGUGAGAUACUUUUGAUCCCCCAAAAUAAAACUUACCGUCUCUACUCUUGUCCUAUCCGUAUUUUAACUGACGCUAGAUGCGUUAUUUCGGGCCUUCGCGCUAUCAUUAUGACCAAAUCUGUUCAAAAGGGCGUCUUCCCAUCCAAACUGAAAAAAGCGAAAGUUGUUCCUGUAUUCCAAAAUGACGAUAAGCCUGAGCCAGGUAAUUGUCGUUCGAUAUCAUUACUGUCUAUUUUCAAUCGGAUAUUUGAAAAAUUAAAGUACCACCGCCUCAAAUCCUUUCGUGGUAAAAACGGUAUUCUAUUUAAGUCACAUUAUGGCUUCCGCGAAAAAAACAUUCCACGCAACAUGCCAUUAUUGACAGUGUUAGCUAGUGUUAAUGUCAUUCAAAACAAUAUGGACCAAACAUUUUCACUUGCGGGAUCUUUUUAGACUUAAAAAAGGCCUUUGAUACCGUCGACCAUUUAACCUAGCUUCCUGACGGCAUCAGUGGAAUUAUCAAUGACCGGUUUGUCUCAUACUUUCUUGGUCGUUCACGAGUAACUGAAGUAGGUGUCUCACAGGGGUCUGUGCUUGAUCCACUGUUAUUCUUAAUCUAUAUAUAUUAACGACAAUAUGUUCACAACUCCUCAUCCAAAUUCUCAUUCUGUCUCGUUGCUGAUGACACGAACUUGCUGUAUGCUUCCACUAAUUUGAAAUCUCUCGAGAAAACCGUCAAUAGCGAACGGCCCAAAGUCUUCUACUGGCUCAAUGCAAAUAAGUUAACGCUCAAUGCUAAAAAGUCAAAUUAUGUUAUCUUUCGUCCAUAUCAACCUAAGUUGAAGUACUCGUUAAUAUUGAAAUGAUUAAUAACUGUACCCAAAUUCCUACUACCCUUGAGUGUAAAGACCAUGUUAAAUAUCUUGGUGUCCUGUUGGACAGCAAUUAAAGCUGCAUGGAAAUUUCCUAUUAAUAAUGUUGCAUUAAAAGUAAGCAUAACUGUUGGUGUUCUUACGCGUCUUAGACACUUCGUCCCACGUCCUACCCUUUUAAAUAUUUAUCGAUCUUUGAUAUUGCCUCAUCUGACAUAUGGUUUGGCGGCUUGGGGUCAAGCUGCCAAAACCCAUUUACAAAAAAUUAUCGUGCUAUAAAAACGAGUGCCUCGUUUGAUGUAUUUUUCUGAACCCAGAACCCAUGCUGUGUCUUUAUUUGUUUCCUCAAAAAUUCUACCCUUAAAAAUGUUAUAUGCUGAAAAAGUAUCUUCUAUAAUGUUUGACGUCUCCUGCUUGAAUUUGAAUGCUCCGUCUAACAGCUGUGAUUUCUUUGCUAAAGCUAAUUCAAAGCACAAGCAUGAGACCAGGUUUUCUUCGUCUGGAAAUUACUUGGCCUUUUUUAGAUAUUUAAAAUCGAAGGCGUUAAGAUGGGAUACAAAUGCCUUGGGGGACUGGGUCUAGUUGAAAAAGCCGUUUAUUUUCUAAAACAGCAAAAAAUUCAAAAAAGGCCAAGCACAGUCUUGUAGAUGCUUGCAUUACACAUUUUCCUAAACCAGUCCGGUUUAAUAACUCACAACAAAAAGUGUUGCCAUUUUUGUUUAAAGACUUUUUAUUGUUUUCUGACCGUGUGGAGUCACGUGACAACCAUUACAUAAUUGAACAUCACCGAAUUGACAGAAACCACACAUGUAUGUAUCUGGGAAAGUUUCAUCUUUCUACUGCUUACGUGCUCAGAGAUAGACCACCACCCAUCACUUUUUGACUGAAUCAUUGGAGACCCAUGCCUUAAUUUACCUGAGUAAAAUCAACUUUAGAACGCAAUACCCAACGAAUUCCGUCAGCUCUGUAAGGGAGCUUUUAAAAUACAUUUUCAUGAUUUGUUGCUCUCGAUAAUGGAAACGGAGGAUGAUUAUGUCAGUGAAGUGCCCAAUCUGCUGCAAAAAAUUGCAAAAUCUGUAGCCACGACUUAUUACACUAAUUAUUGAUAAGUUCUUUAGUAAAUUUGUCUUGUAAUUCCAUUCUGUAAAACUAUUUUGUAACUUUAGCUUAUUUAUCCGCAUAUUUUAUUUAGUUUACUUCAAUAUAAUCUUGUUCAUAGCUUCUUUUAAUUUAAUAUUUAUGACUGCUGUAACCUUUCCACUCCGCUCGCCUAGUCUAGCUCUUGCUAUUUGCGGGCGGAGAUGGCAAAACGAUGAGUGUAAAAAUAAAGUUUAUAUGUAGUGGGUAUGGUGAUGGUUAUUUUUAUGAAACUCCUUGUUAAUUCGAGUUGUUUUUCUUUUCCAAUCGCGAGCGGGUUGAAUUAAGAAGUGUUUGUUGUAAAUAAGGACAACUGUGUCACUAUUUCAGAAACUCUGAUAAAACAAGAACUUCGUUCAUAAUGUUCUCUUCGUGAAUUAUUAGCCAUUGAGUUUACAACAAGAGUUCUUUGUAGACGUGGCCCUAAGAAAGAAUACUACACAGUCCGCGUACAGCUUUUGGAGUAGCAUCACGAGCUGUGGAUGGUAACCGUAAUACACAGACUACAUACGAGAUUACAAACGAGACGUAGAUGCACUCGGCCUAGUUCAAUAUGGAAUCCAUUACUUUUUUAUCCCAGGCCUGACAUUUGCCUAAAUUUUAAUGUGUUUUUUUUUUAUAAAGCAGGAAGGAACCCAAAAUCGCGGCAAUAAAUUUGUUCUGCGAGUCUAAUCUAUUACGUUAAGAGUGAUAACAUGAAAAUAUUUUUUCCUCCUUUUUUCCCCUAAACUUAGGUUGUGCAUUUGAUCCAGUAGGAGUGUCGGCUAAUAACGAUAUUUCUAAGCAGAGGUUUUCAGCUUCGUCAUCUCUUAGCGGCCGCAGUCCAUCUGAUGGCCAAUUAGAAGGAUCCAAUGCCUGGAUUCCUGCCAACAAUGACAACAAUGCUUUCCUCCAGAUCGAUCUGGGAUCUCGUUACCUUGUUUGUGCAGUAGCAACACAAGGAAGUCCAGAUGCUAAUGAUUGGACAAAAACAUACAAGAUAAAGACGUCCCUGGAUAAUGUCUGGAGGACAUUUUACUCUGAGGGUGGUUCCGAAAAGGUACAUCCUUUUUUGUUGUAGAUGAAUUUAUAGCGAAAUUAUAAUCGUGGAGACACUAAGUAAUAAAGGACUGUGUUUAUCUCUUAACCUCGAGAACUAGGAUUUGACAUGUCGAAGUUGCUUUCGUUCCUUUCUCUCCCUUCCAUUUGCUUCCCUCUCUCUUCUCCCAUCUUCACCGUCUCUAGUUGUCUUAUCCUUUUCUUCCUGUCUCCUGCCUUGCUUUCUUUUCCCCCUCGUUACUACAGCCUUCCUUCCUUGGUCUCUUGCUGUUUACAAUGGAAACGUUAGGGAAAUAAGUAGUAAAAUGUGAAAGAAACUUACAUAGACGUGAUUUUCCUUUUAACAUCCUUUGCCUUUUGUUCUGCCGGCGGGAGUCAUCGUCAAUGUAGUUGUAAUCCUCAGAAAUAUCGUUUGUUUAUAUGUUUUUUCUCUCCUGUUAAUUGUGAGCGGAUAGGGUGAGACUCAGUGGCGGAUCCAGGGGAGAGGCCCGGGGAGCCUGCCCUCCCUUAUUUUUGGACCAAACUGAGGCUUGAGAGGCCGAAAAAAAAUUCUUUUGGAGGCCGGGGUCCCCCAUAUCGGAAGAUCUGGAUCCGCCACUGAGACUUAGGCUAUGUUAAAAAAGAACCAGACGAAUUUUCGACCGGUUGAAAACUUUCACCGGACACGGAACAGUUCAAUAUUUUCGCUCUCUUGACACGGAACACCCGAAGUAGUUUGAGAAUUUUAAUUAUUUUCAGUUGUUUUUCCAUCUACCCAUGCGCAGAACACUCCUUCAUCUGAAAUUCAGUAUGGCGUCUCCCAGCAGAGUUAAAACGCAUCCAUGCAACCACUCCCUUGCUACACAAAAAUUUAGAUGGUUAAAGGUGAUCACACCUAAACGCACGAAUUUGUCUUUCAUCCGCAUUUUAUAGAAGUUUUUGUUAAUUUGCUCUUAGACAUUUACUGGAAAUGGUGACAGGAACAGCAUUGUAAGAAAUGAACUAUCUGAGCCACUUGCUGCCAAGUUUAUUCGUUUUUAUCCAGUUACAUUUCAAGGAAGGAAAGCAUUAAGGGUGGAGGUGUAUGGAUCUAAGCAAGGUUGGUCUCUUAGUACAUACCCAAUACAUGCAGUUCAAAAGACAAACACAGCAUUAAAAAAAUGCACUUUUUCUGAGUGUCAAUGUAUUUAACACGAAAGUGCAAAUAAGGGACACUAUUUUUUACGGGACCGCCAUCGCUGUUGUUUCAUUACGCUAAAUUUGUCAAAUGUUAGAGAAUAUUUCGCGAGUUGAGUUCAGAAGGUCUGUAUCUCAGUUUAAAAAAAAAACAAAGGAAAGUCUUUGUCUUGUGUUCAGAUUCUCAACGAAACGUGAAAUUAAGGAGUUUCACGUCGUAGUCGUGCAGUGACGUCAAAGAAAUGUACAAAAAUACCUAAUGCACGUGCAAAGUUGUUGUUUUGCUUAUCUAAGGGCCCGUCCACAUGUAUUCGUUUUUGUUUGAAAACGGAUAUUUAUUUUCUCCGGUUCAGCCUACCUUCCACACUCACUAAUGCAGUGAAAACGGUCAACGAAACACACCUUUUCAAUAACGCUCUCCAGAGUGGAGAUUUUCGAAAACCUACUCGGCUUUUCUUUUACGUGUGGACGGACGAAAACUGUUUCGAAUUCGGAAUACGAUGAUGUCAUACACCAUAUACUUCUAGCAUAACGUAUGCUUAAUAAUAAAGCUAUGGCAUUUCCAUUGUUUUAGCGUUUUCGUGUGGACGGGUGACUACGAUUCGAAUUUGCUACGUAUCCCUCCGUUAGGUCACUCAUUAAACUUUUAAAAUUUCUUUUGUUUUUUCGUUAUGAAUUAUUAAUCAGUUUUUGAACUCUUUUUUAAAUUUGCAUCCGCUUCAUAUUAGUGACAAUUACAAAGAAGGAAACAAACGAGGAGGGACAAAAUAUAAUGAAUCUAAUUAUUUAAAGCACUUUUUUUCUAAAGUAAAGGAGAAAACUCAACAGAGAGGAAACAAGAAAACGUGAAAUAAGCAUAGAAGUACAAAGAUUGGUCAGGCAGUAAGUAGGAAGCCUAAGCAGCGACGACAACGGCAAAAAAGCAAUAGGUUUAGCCCCGUCCACAUGUAUCCGGAUAUUUUUUAUUACACAGAUUUUUACCUCCAUUUUCAAACAAAUACGCAAACUCCCAGUGACUGUUUUCUGUGAAAUAUCUGUUCGGAAAAGCAAAAAUUGUCUAGAUUUUUUUAGAUGACCGUUCCAUUCAUGUAUAAUUUUUGAAGCCUAUCUAAUAAAUUCCUUACGAUUUUGUGAACUUUAUUUUUUUCCAUUUCACUCCCCAGGUUAAGCCUUUUUUUAGUAGAGAAAGGAAACCUAAAAUUUUUGGAACCAAAAAUGCAAUGCAUAGAAAAAUUGUCUCUUUCGUAAAACUCUAAAUUGCAGCUAAAAUUUUCGCAAAAAUAAUGCUGAAGCCCUUGUAAAAAGAUUCAAGCUGCCCUGGGAUGACCGAACAAAAAAAAUUUUUUAGCGCUACUUAGAAUACAUUUCUAGAUAUCUAAAAAAUUUUUCUGGUUAGCCUAAAAAGUGUUUCAAUGCAUUCAGGAGGAAACUUUACGUCCAACUUUAGACCAAAAUAAACCCAAAUCUAAAUAUUAGUGCAAGAAUGAAUGGAUCUAUAUCAGAGAUUUUGAAGUCGUUGAAACUCGCAGUCUGUAUUAUCAGGUUUAAAACCUGAUAAUCGAAACUCCUCGGUUUUUAAACAGUACAUAAAAUUCUUAAUAAAAAUGCCAUAUAUUUUUUCUUGAUGUUUUUACAGGUUGCUUUGAAUCGUUUAAGAAUGAACGAUUUCAACCGACCAGGCAUUUUACAAUUACAGCAUCCUCACAACUUAGUAGUCACCAAGCAGCUUUUAGUCGCCUUUAUGGUACAGACGGUUGGUGCAGCUCUUCAGCAUCCCUACCUCAGUACUUACAGGCUGAUUUCAAUAAAAUUGUAACAGUCACAGGCGUGGCGACUCAGGGAGAUGCUAAAAGGGACAACCGGGUGACAAGCUAUUUAAUCCGCUAUGGAUAUGAUGGUAAAACAUGGAUUAGUUACCGAGCUGGACAGGUAAAUUUGCAU